ACAAUUCUAGAGGCUCCCGAGGACAUCACUAGUAAAACAAUUUGUUAUAUCGUGUUUGCUUGAUGUUUCAAUUCAAUAUUGUUCUUUAACUUCGUCAUAACAAUGAUUUAAUAAAAGUAAUUUUCUUUCAUACCAUGCUUCUUUCAUUUCGCGCUGGUCGUGCAAGUAGGCCAAGCGCAAGCUUUAUUCGUCUUGCAAAGUAUCGAGCCCAGAAGUCUCAACAUACCCUGAUACCUUUUAGGCAAUGGCGAACAUAUUCCACGGAAGCAGAUGCUGCAACAGAAGAGUCAGCCAGUACAAUUGGUCAAUUCGGUAUGUGAGGAAGAUCUCGACAUUUGACUUGAACUUCAGCUAAGCAAAUGUAGAAGACCCAGAACUUCGAUUAAAUGAGAUAGGAGUACAACAAAUAAGUCGUCAUGUGUACUCUCAAUUAUUCACGACGGAACAAUCGCCUCCUUCCCAAGAACUCAUAGAUCUCUCAAUGGAUCACUUGCGAAGGCAUGAACUGCUUGGGAAAAAUACCGACCAUGCCCCUCCAAUAUGCUUCGACCUUCCCGAACUAAAAGGUGACACACUCGAUGAGCAUUUCUUCAGAUUAGGUAGUGAUGCUUCUGAACCAUACUUGACAUAUGCAAGGGAUUUUGCCAAGGUGGAGACCCCUCCUCGACCGCUAGAAUGGUCACAUCAAAGCGGAUGGACGAAAUAUGGUAUCGAUGGUUCGAUGGAAAUUGUUGAGGCACCAAAUGAGGAUAUGUUAUGUUUCGAUACGGAAGUGAUGUGGAAAGAAAGUUCCUUUGCUGUGAUGGCUUGUGCCGUUAGUCCUACACAUUGGUAUACUUGGUUAUCGCCAUGGCUAUUAGGAGAAAGCACCAGCGACCGUCAAUUGAUACCUCUCGGAGACCCGACUAAACCUCGAAUCAUUGUCGGCCAUAACAUCGGUUAUGAUCGGGCAAGGGUAGCUGAAGAAUACGACAUAGUUCAAUCGAAGAAUAACUUCUUGGACACCAUGUCGUUACACGUUGCUGUCAAUGGAAUGUGUUCACGUCAAAGACCAACAUGGAUGAAACAUAGAAAAGAUCGAGAGUUACGCGAAAAGAUCGCUGCGGAGACGGACAAUGCGGAAUUAGCAUCAUUGCUAGGGCACAAGUCUCUUAUGGAAGAGGAGGAAGCAGAAUUAUGGAUAGGCAGAAGUUCUGUCAAUUCAUUGAGGGAUGUUGCUAAAUUUCACCUUGGGGUCACAAUCGACAAAGCGGAAAGAGAUGCGUUUGGUGAAUGUGGCCGCGAAGAAAUUAUGACGAGGCUUGAUUCGCUCUUAGAUUAUUGUGCAGCGGACGUUGACAUAACCCAGCGAGUUUACAAAAGAGUAUUUCCCAAUUUCCUCGAUACAUGCCCACAUCCCGUCAGUUUCGCCGCGCUUAGACAUCUGUCAUCGGUAAUACUCCCAAUCAAUAGGUCAUGGGAAUCCUACGUCACGAAUGCCGAAGCUACAUAUCUCAAAUUGUCUGAUGCAGUGCAAGAGCGACUUCUUGCGCUUAAAGAGAAGGCGUUGGAGAUCAGGGAUGAUGUUAAGACAUGGAGUAAUGAUCCUUGGUUGAGACAGCUUGAUUGGUCCGGUCAAGAGAUCAAGUACCUGAAGAAAAAAGCAAAGGAUGGGGGAUUGCAGCGAGCUAAACAGAAGAUGCCUGGUAUGCCCAAAUGGUACAAGGAUCUCUACCCGACAGCCGCCGGCCCUAUCAAUUUAUCAGUCCGUACUCGAAUUGCACCGUUACUUCUACGGCUAGCCUGGGAUGGUUAUCCAUUAGUAUGGUCUGACAAGUAUGGCUGGACCUUCAGAGUCCCAAUCGAAGAGGCACAUAAGUAUACUGAAAAGCAGAUGCAAGAGUGUAAUGCAUUUGAGGCUCCUGAUAUGGCUCUACGAGAUGACACUUCCGCCGCUUACUUCAAAAUCCCGCACAAGGACGGACCAUUGGCAAAAUGUGGAAAUCCAAUGGCGAAAAGUUACAUGCAAUACUUUGAGAGAGGUAUACUUUCAUCCGAGUUUUCAUAUGCAAAAGAAGCACUUCAGAUGAAUGCUUCUUGUUCUUAUUGGAUAAGUGCGAGAAAACGUAUACAGUCCCAGAUGGCUGUCUAUGAAACGGACGGAGCAAAGGGCCCUACAACAUCAGAAUCGCAGUCAGAAUCGCAGUCAGAAUCGCAGUCAGAAUCGCAGUCAGAAUCGCAGUCAGAAUCACAUGCGGAAUCGCAGUCGGAAUCACAUUCGGAAUUGCAAUUAGAAAAUCAAUUAGAGUUGCAAACUCAGUCGCAGUCGGAACCGCAAUCAAAGCUACAGUUAAAAUCGCAAUCAGAGCUGCAGUCCGAGUCGCAAUCGGGAUUGCAGUCAGAGUCACAAUCCGACUUGCAAUUAGAAUCGCAAUCAGAAUCAUAUUUGGAAUCGCAUUCGGAAUUGCAACCAGAAAACCAAUCAGAAUCGCGGUCCGAGUCGCAAUCGGAACCGCAGUCAGAGUCACAGUUAAAAUCGCUGUCAGAGACGGGCUAUAUUUUACCACAGGUCAUUCCUAUGGGGACGGUGACCCGGAGGGCUGUGGAAAAUACAUGGCUUACGGCAAGUAAUGCCAAAAAGAAUCGUGUCGGCUCAGAACUAAAAUCAAUGAUAAAGGCUCCGCCCGGUUAUUGUUUUGUUGGUGCAGAUGUGGAUUCUGAAGAAUUAUGGAUUGCUAGUCUUGUUGGAGACGCCCAGUUCAAACUACAUGGCGGGAAUGCCGUCGGCUUUAUGACUCUAGAGGGUACCAAAGCAGCUGGUACAGAUCUUCACUCUCGAACAGCGAGUAUCCUUGGUAUCACCAGGAACGAUGCCAAAGUCUUCAACUACGGUCGGAUAUACGGGGCUGGUUUGAAGUUCGCCUCAACCCUGCUCCGGCAAUUCAAUCCUAGUCUUUCGGAAUCUGAAACUUCGGAGACUGCUGCCAAUCUCUAUAAAGCUACUAAAGGCGUGAAGACCAAUAGAAAAGCUCUUCAUUCCGGACCCUUUUGGCGUGGGGGAACUGAAAGCUUUGUGUUCAACAAAUUGGAGGAAUUCGCAGAACAAGAAAAGCCACGAACCCCAGUUCUUGGUGCAGGAAUAACACAAGCCCUGAUGGCACGCUACGUUUCAAAGGGCGGCUUCAUGACAUCACGCAUCAAUUGGGCAAUUCAAUCGUCAGGAGUAGAUUAUUUGCAUCUUCUCAUCGUAUCAAUGGACUACUUGAUUCGUCGCUACAAUAUCAAUGCCCGUCUAGCCAUCACCGUUCACGACGAAAUCCGAUAUCUAGUUAAAGAUGAUGACAAAUAUCGUGCUGCAUUGGCAUUACAAGUAUCGAAUUUGUGGACGCGAGCUAUGUUUUCGCAACAAAUGGGAAUCAAUGAUUUACCACAAUCCUGCGCCUACUUCUCCGCGGUGGAUAUUGAUCAUGUUCUAAGAAAAGAAGUCGACAUGGAUUGUAUUACCCCUUCACAUGACACCGCAAUUCCCCAUGGCGAAUCAAUAGACAUCCAAGAACUUCUUCUCCAACCUACCGCGCGCCUCGAUCCUACCAUUGUCCCCACAGACCCUCCAAACCACUCCAAUGUCCCCUAUGAACCCCGUAUUCCAGUCAUGGCAUCCCUUCAAAAAUCUACCGACUUGACGUUCCUGAAAGCGCAAAUCACUUCUAGUGACCAAGAACUCAAGGAUAUUCUGAAAGAGAAAAAGAAAUUAGAUGAAAAGAACGCACCAAGAGAACGAAAGAUUAGAAAAAAUGACGUUGUACCAUAUCAUACGUACGCGCAUUUGAUGGAGGAACCCAUAAUGGUCAGCGAUGCGCUGAGAGUGGGCAGGUCAUUUGAUGCGGCCAAGGGGAGAAGUUGGGCGUGGGAUGUUAAAGGAAAAGUGGGUGGUACGAGGAGUGGUGCAGGGGCUAGAAUGUAGAUGAAGGGCUUGUGGAGUUGUGUGGAGGUGUAUUAUUUUGGGAGAUUUUCAUGCUUCUUUUUCUUCGGGAUGAAUUCUAUGUAUGAAGGAUAUUUUGGGCUCAAGGGGGCGGCGAAGUGAAAUGUACUAGGAGUAUUGGCAUCAGUAUUGGUAUCCAGGCUUUUUCUUUUGUUCAUUAAUUGGCUGAUUUGUACUACACGAUUCACUGGGACGGGGCGGAAACUAACGAGGGAGAAUUUGAGGAUUGGGGAGGAUGAUAGGAGGGGAGGCAAUGUAUAAGUAUGUUUUUACAAUACAAGUAAACAUCGAAUCAUAUAC